AAUGUCAUUUACAAGAUAAAAUCAUCGAUUUACAACAAGCUUUCACUAAAUGAGCAUCAGAAAAGAUUUUCAUCAAUUUUCCUUAUCAGAUCCAAGGAGAUUGGAAAUGAUUGUAAAAAAAUUUACAGUUCCUUUCUAACCUAAAGGUGCUUCAUUAUCAAAAAUUAAAAAGAGAGUUGAAAUAUAAAGAUACUGUGACAGUGAUUUACGUAAAAGGUCAAUUACUCUAGAAGCUAUUUAAUCUUAAAGAGUUGAAAGGAAAGAAGAAAUAUCAUCAAGUAGUGAAAGCUCAAAUAAAGAUAAAGCAACUUAUAAAUUAAUGCCUUAAGUUCAAACAUAACGACAAAUCAAAUCUUCUGAUUAGUCUCAAUAUUUGAAUAAGAUUUUGAAAGAAUCAUAAGUUAAAUAAACAGUCUUGCCAAAAUUUAUAUUAAAGAAAAACUAAGUGAAUGUUCUAACUAUAUAAAAUAAAUGA